UGUCCUCAGACACAACAGCACAAGUUUGUGAACUGGCAAGGAGACGCUGAGUUCAAGGGAGAAGAUUUCACUGCAACGAUCACACUUGGAAACCCAGACGUCCUCGUCGGCUCUGGUAUUGUUGUAACACACUACCUCCAGUCCAUAACGUCGGCUCUGGCUCUGGGAGGGGAGCUGGUUUACCACCGCAGGCCGGGAGAGGAGGGCUCGGUGAUGUCUUUAGUCGGCAGAUACACAGGCAGUAACUACAUCGCCACACUGACGCUCGGCUCGGCGGGAGCUCACGCUUCAUACUAUCACAAAGCCAACGAUCAGCUGCAGCUCGGCGUGGAGUUUGAGGCGAGCACCCGCAUGCAGGACACCAGUGUGUCGUUCGGCUACCAGCUAGACGUGCCUAAAGCUAACUUACUGUUUAAAGGUUCGGUGGACAGUAACUGGGUAGUCGGUGCAACGUUAGAAAAGAAGCUGCUCCCGCUGCCGCUCUCUCUGGUCCUCUGCACCUUCCUCAACCACCGCAAGAACAAGUUCCAGUGCGGUUUUGGCGUCACCAUCGGUUAAACUUGACUCAGCGGCGGGUUAUUCACCUGCAGACGACUUCACAGAAAGGACAGACUCACUAUGGAACGAGCAGACUAUGCCAUGUACAACACUGUGUGUCCCGUCACGUCAGUCCGUCGCUCGAUUCGACCAUCGUCAUGUUAUUGGUUUCAUCAAAUGUGGUGAACGCCGGUAAUAAUGUAAAACUAACACACGUAAGAUUAAUGGGCUGAACGAUCAGAAGUGAAACGAAUAACGUGACUGGUCAGGGAUUUAUUGACUGUGGACUCUCGACACAAACCAGUAGACAGACGUUACUCUUUAAGAGACAUUUCAGAAUUACAGAGCUCUUUGUUUUUGUCACUGAGUUCAGUGCCUGUCGCUCCAUUUUCAAAUUUUAUUCUUUGUUUUUUUUACUGUAAAGUCCGUCUUUGGUGUGCAUCGAAUGAAAUAGUUGUUUGCUUGUUACGGGUGAUUUAUCGGUUACAGACGAGUUUACCAGCUGCAGGAGGAAGUGUGCUGUACUGCAUGUCGCGUUCACAACUCCAUCACCUGUUUUGUUGCCUUUUUAUGUUAAAUACAUAUGGAACAGUAUAUAUAUGACCUGUAUAUACCUCUUGGAGACUGAUAAAUACCAUUUCUUACAAAAAAACCCUGGCACGUCUUUGGUCGUUUUCUUGUGUGAGUUCAUACACAUUUUAUAAGGAGGCUCAAGUGAACCCA